UGAAAAAACAAAAGAUGAACACCAUUUCUUGCUCAAAGGUCUUCCUUGUGCUGCUUGUAACUCUCUUGCCAAACCAAAUUUUUGCGGAUCAAAAUUUAAUCUCCUCAGCUUGUGGUCACACUCUGUACAAGGAUCUGUGCACCACAACUCUUGAAUCGGACCCCGAGAGCAGCUCGGCUACUAGUUUUGAUGUCCUAACCAAAGUUGCACUAAAACAUGCAACAUCUACAGCUACCGAAAUACAUGACCAGGUCACAACACUGCUCAAAGGAUCGUCGAGCAAUAAGGAUGCCCUAACAGGUUGCAAUAAGAACUUCCAAGAUGCAAUCGAACGACUUGCGGCAGCGAGCAAGUCCCUGGCAUCUAAGAAGUACUUUGAUGUUUAUACAUGGGUGUCGUCUGCCGUGAGUUCUAGUGACACAUGUGGCGAAGGCUUCAAGAAAGUGGGAGAAACCAAAUCUCCAUUAGCCGAUCAGAGUACCACAUUUGCCCAUCUUGGCAGCAUUGUCAUAGACAUUACCAAUCAACUCAAAUGAAAGGCUGCUAAUCUCGUUGUCUCAACUCAAUUUACAUAUUGAGCUUAGUUUUCGGCAAUAAAAAAGUCCUUCCGUUACACAACUAA